AAGAACUCGGUAUACUUGCGAGGUCACACUGUAAGACGCGUCGGAUUUUAGUUUUAAUCUUUUUUUUCUUUAUUAAAAUAGCGUCAAAAUAUCAUACAUUAACAGCAGAAAUAUUGUCUACAAAGCAGAAAGGAAAGUUUGGCAAAACUGGCCGAGCUCCAGGAACUUUUCCUUUCAAAGUUGAGUUAGUGAAUGAAAUUUCAGCAGUGCGCAGCACAGAAAGAGGACGCACACAGGCUGCCUGAAUUUAUUUAUGCAAAAGUAUGUAAGCUAAAAAGGACAGGUGGGAAAUUGCUGCUGCUGCUGUGAUGUGUGCGUAUAAUUAGCAAACGAGAUCUGGGUUCCAAAUAGUUCGGGCCGACAAUGUACCGCCCUCCGAACCUCGUACGUCGCUGAACACCCCAGCUCCGUCGCCGAUCAUUACCAACGCAUAUAUUCAUACAGAAAAUCGGCUGCUUUCGAAGUUUAAUUAGCGCCACCUAGGUUUCACUUUGUGUGUGUGUGAAAUCUUGUCAAAAGCCGAUAGGUGGCACUUUUUGUCAGGGGUUGAAGGGGUGAAGUUGGCAUGUAUUAGGCAGCAUCAAUAGCAAAAGCUACGCCUCAUGGAUCCGUAUUACCAUAUCAGACAUCAUUAUCCUACUACAAGCACAGCCAGUUCGGGAGCGGCGGUAGGCACUUCGUCGACAAUUAACCUUCCAGAACUGCACCAAAAAUGCAACCGAGGUUCGCACUCCAGUGACACUAGUUCGGCGUACAGCGGCAGCGAUACAAUGGCUUCGAACUAUGCCUCGUCGCUGGAGGCCGAGGAGAUUGACCUUUCUGGUUUGGUGGAGUCCGUCGUCGACUCUGACGAGGAGGAUCUGGCGGAAAGCAUGGAUAGUCUAACUGUUCGCGAUGCAGUGCGUGAUUGUCUGGAAAAGGACCCGGCGGAGCGUAGCGAGGAGGACGUGGAAGUGCUGCUUGAGUUUACGCAGGGCUUGAAGGCGUUUACAAAUAUCACUUUGGCGGUACGACGAGCGCUCUGUUCCGUGAUGGUAUUUGCCGUUGUGGACAAGGCAGGAACCGUAGUCAUGUCAGAUGGUGAAGAACUAGACUCAUGGUCGGUGCUAAUUAACGGGGCGGUGGAAAUCGAACAUGCGAAUGGCAGCCAUGAAGAACUGCAGAUGGGAGACUCCUUUGGCAUCCUUCCCACGAUGGACAAGCUGUACCACCGAGGUGUGAUGAGAACCAAGUGCGACGACUGUCAGUUUGUGUGCAUCACGCAAACGGAUUACUACCGUAUUCAGCAUCAAGGUGAGGAGAAUACACGCCGGCAUGAAGACGAGCAUGGGCUCGUGGUUAUGGUCACGGAGCUCCGAACCAUCGGAGUCGGCUGUGACUCUGCUGGCGGUGGCGAAUCGGCAACAGAAAUUUCGGCUUCGUUACACAUGAAACGCGGUCACGUGGUUAUUCGUGGAACUCCGGAUCGACUGCUACAGCAGCUGGUCGAAGAAAACUCAAUGACCGACCCCACGUACGUGGAGGACUUUUUGCUCACACACCGCAUUUUUAUUCGUAACCCGCAAGAGGUGACCAGCAAGUUAUUGCACUGGUUUGACCUAGAUGAGGUGGACGCGCACAAGACGCAAGAACUGCGGGAUCGCGUAACUCGCGUGGUGCUUCUCUGGGUGAACAACCACUUUACCGACUUUGAGGCGGACUAUGAGAUGAUGGAGUUUUUAGAAGUCUUUGAAACUCUUCUCGAGCGAAAGAAGUUGUUAAGUCAACUACGCCUUUUGCACAUAGCCUGCGCCGCGAAGGCCCGAAUGCGCAACUGUACCCUUACUCGAUCUUCACGUGAAGAGCCGCUUAACUUCUGCAUUGUAGGCGGCUAUGAGCUUCGAGGCGUAGCCGUAGCUACCGGAAGCGCAACAGUGGGCAUAUACAUUUCACACGUUGAAUCGGGUUCCAAGGCCCAAGAUGUUGGACUUAAGCGUGGCGAUCAGAUUCACGAAGUAAAUGGACAGUCGCUGGACCAUGUGACUAGCAAGCGAGCCCUCGAUAUCCUCACGAGCACCACCCACUUGAGUAUCAGCGUGAAAAGCAAUCUGCUUGGUUUCAAGGAGAUAAUGCAGGCUUUGGAACAUGGUGUAUCCGCUGGAUCUGGAAGUAUUUCCGCAAGCAGCGGCAGCUUCAAGUCUUUGCGAAGCCCACGCCGGAUCUGUGUCAAUGAUAUUGCUAGGCUGCACGGUCGCUCGGAAAGCACCAGCGACGAAUUUUCCAGCGCUAGCGCGUCAAGUCGAGCGCACAUGGUACGCUUAAGUUCGGUGGAUAUGCUACUUGACCAGCCAGACUGCGCUCCACCGCAAACACCGCCUGUGAGUUGGAGCGGAAAUAUGGCCUCCAACUUCAUGCAGCAGCUCCUGCAAACCGUUAACAACAGCUCUUCUAAAAAGUCGUCGGGAUCCUGUACCCCCUCAAAUUCGGAUCAGCAGGACACAAAGGGGGGUUUUAUGACUUUGGCGCCCAAACGGCGUUUGCAGAAGGCCCUGGCAAAAAUAAAUAUGCUGAAUAAACAACAUCACGAAAACAGCCUAAAUGAUUCCCCGGAUACGCUGCAAAACAAUCGCAAGUCAAAACUCUCUGCAAUCACCUCAUCGACUAAUGGCUGCACUAUCAAUGGGAGUGGCCGACUCUACCAAUCGCAAUCAAAUCCGGAUUUAACUAGCCUCGAUUAUGAAGGAGGCAGUGAAGCGCUAGGAAGUGGGCGCGGAAAGGGACAGGUAGUAAACAACUUGGGUGCCUACAAUAAUCGGCCGUCUGUAUGCAGUACUUUAACCACAAACUCGACACAGUCUCACCACCUUCCCGACUACCCGGAACACGUGCUAAAGGUUUAUAAGGCAGACCAGACAUGCAAGUACGUGCUCAUCUACAAGGAAACAACGGCCCACGAGGUUGUAAUGCUGACACUGCAGGAGUUUGGAAUACACGACCCCAGUUCAAAUUUUUCGCUAUGCGAAGUCAGUGUAGGCGAUGGAGGGAUGGUAAAGCAGCGCCGGCUCCCCGAUCAGCUGCAGAAUUUGGCGGAAAGAAUCAGCUUUUCGGCACGUUACUACCUCAAACUAAACGAUAGUACCGAGCCGUUGGUUCUGGACGAACUGGCGUUAGAGCUAGUUCGCGAGUCUAGUGUGCACCUCCUGCAGCUUAACGCGUAUGAACUAGCCAUUCAACUGACUCUACAGGACUUCGCUAACUUUCGCCAGAUCGAGUCCACUGAAUAUGUGGACGAAUUGUUCGAGUUAAGGUCUCGCUACGGAGUGCCCAUGCUUAGCAAAUUUGCUGAACUAGUCAAUCGUGAAAUGUUUUGGGUGGUGAGUGAGAUUUGCGCCGAGCACAACAUUGUUCGCCGCAUGAAGAUAGUCAAGCAAUUCAUCAAGAUUGCGCGCCACUGCAAGGAAUGCCGAAACUUCAACUCUAUGUUUGCAAUUAUUUCCGGCUUGGGACACGGCGCUGUGUCACGGCUGCGUCAAACGUGGGAAAAGUUGCCUUCCAAGUACCAGAGGUUGUUUAACGACCUGCAAGACCUGAUGGAUCCUUCGCGUAACAUGAGCAAGUAUCGGCAACUAGUGUCCGCCGAAUUGUUGGCUCAGCACCCCAUCAUCCCGUUCUAUCCAAUAGUCAAAAAGGAUCUUACCUUUAUCCACCUGGGAAAUGAUACAACAGUGGAAGGUCUAAUCAACUUCGAGAAGCUGCGAAUGCUGGCCAAGGAGGUACGUCUGCUUACCCACAUGUGCAGUUCACCGUACGAUCUACUGUCCAUCCUUGAGCUAAAAGGACAAUCUCCAUCUAACGCCCUAUUCUCGUUGAACCAAAUGACUGCCUCGCAGAGCAACGCUGCCUCCGGCACAGUUAUCUCGUCCAAUGCCGGCCAGGCAACUAUAAGGCGGCGCAAGAAGUCUGCGGCGGCGCCCAACCCCAAGAAGAUGUUUGAGGAAGCACAGAUGGUGCGUCGGGUAAAGGCAUACCUCAACAGUCUCAAAAUACUUAGUGACGAGGACUUUUUGCACAAAUGUUCUUUAGAAUGCGAACCGGCGCACGGAUCCAAUUACUCGGGCAGUAUCUCGCAAGGCAACACCUCACACCGAAGCGGAGGUGGAGGCAGCAUCAGCGCCAGUGGAGGUGGCGGAGGCAGCUUCAACCUCAAUGCCGGCGAUCAACUGAGCAUUUACUCGCAUACCAGCUCCAGUUCGGCACCAAAUUCCUCACUCUCGUUGCGCAAGAGGCAUCCAAGUUCGCCUACUCUUUCGACUACAAGUUCGGCGAGUUCCACUAGCGACCAUCAAAGGUUACAGACUAACAACAACGGUCCAAAGUUCGGCACAGCAUCGCCGCAGGCAGUCAAGAAGAUGCUAUCCUUGUCAGAAUCCUCAAAAAUCCGCCCACACCAGCCGUUUGUGCCGCGAUACGGAUCCGCUAUGGGUGCAGUUAUUCCGCCUCUACAUCAUAUGCAUCCCGCGCAUGGUUUCAGUGCACUGUCGGCUGGGGGAGUGAUUUCGCCAGCGUCAAGUGUCGUGACAAGUUCGCAGUGCACUUCGAGUCCUAGUCCCUGUUCCCAUAGACGUCUAGCAUCGGGAGGCAACAUAUUACCCGCUCGCGCAGUCCAUGAGCGCUCGCACUCGGAUACUCCGGUCCCGCCGCCGCCACUACCCUCGGUUGAUCUCUCUCUCGAGAGCAGUAGUGUAACUACAUUUCGCGAUAUACCGUUGCGCAAAUCUAGAACUUCCGGUUCCAUCUCGUCUUGUGACAGCGGUUACGUGCAUCAGCAGCAUCAUUAUCACUUGCAGUACCAGCAGCCACAGUUCAGCUCGCAACACGAGCCAUCCCCACCGGUCUAUACUGCAGCCGACUGCCGGUUGCUGCAGCAAAUAUCAAAAAACGCGGUCACCCUCAACAUGAGCAGUCCCUGUCAGGGCAUAAGUACUCCUCCCAGCACACUCACACCCCCACCGACCCAGCCCAUAGCUACCAUUCAGUUUUCUAGACCGCCGACGGCAACAGCAUGCAUGCACGUACGCAGCCAAUAUCAGCAGCUCCAGCAACAACAGUUAUUGGCCAUGCCACCUCCGCCUCCACCGCUAUACAAUUUGCCUCCCCUGGCUUAUCUCUACAGCCACCACCACGACAAUACUGGCAGUAGACACCUAAACCACAUGCAUGAUAGCCCGCCAAAUUUUAUGGAUAGCACCAAGUGUACCACAUGCCCCAUGCCACCCAUGAAUCAAUAAUAAAUGAACAUGAUUGAACUACGUCAUGCUUAUUUAAUUAAAUCAUAUAGAGUGAUCAAAACUUGUUAAUCGUUCUGGUUUUCAAUUUAACCAGCAAUAAAACACGGCCAGUCCAAUCACGAUUUACCAUUCAGUGGAGCAGCAAAAAAAAACACUUUGAUUUGCGUAUAUGACUAAACUUAAUUGAGGGUGUAGCAAAAAUGUCAUCGGACGAAAUUCGGGGCAAAUGUAUAUAAGCAUCAAUACAAGUAAUCACCCGAAUUUCCCCCAAUGAGAUUUUUGUGACAUUACAAUUCAGAGAUUUAUAUUUUAAUUUAGCUGAAUUAUUUUUACACAUUUUCCCCCAGCGUAGGAGUGGCUUUUUCUCUUAAAAGAAAACGUCUGCAGGCAGACUUCCUAUGCAAUUAAAGAAUUUUCGUCGGUAUUUACAAAAGUAAGAUCAGAACAAAAUAAUUGUAGUGCCCAGCACAACAACGAGACGAGCCAUUGAUAAUUAAACACAAAAAGAAUCAACUCAAAGCUUUCUUUAAUUCCAUAUAGGUAAACCUCUCUUUAUCCUUGUAUACAAGUAAGUUCUACUAUUUUCAUAAUACUUUACUCUCUACAUAAAACGAGAAACCUUCGCUCUAAUUCCAAAUAUAUAUUUUUAAAGCGCAAAAUAAAGAAAGACAAAGAAUGUAUUUGAAAACAUUUUUUUUAACAUUUGUACUCAGCAAAAAAAAAAAAAACAAGAGUUUCAAACCAAUCCAAACAAUUAUACAAAACCUAGUAAUAUCUAGAUUAGCCUAAAAAAAUGAAUAUAAAUCAUCAAAGUACAAUUUUACGAAAGACAAAUAAGUUUGUAAAAGACAAACCUGAGACAUGCGAAAAUUAUAAAUAAUCACUUAUUAAUCUCAUUUUGAUCAAACUAAGAGAAACUCAGACAUAAAUAUUUAUGUGUAUAAUUACAGCUUAAACAUACAAACUAUAUACAAAAAAUCUAUGUAUAUACAUACAAAUCCAAACAAAAAUUUCAAUACGGAAAUCAAUUUAUGUUUUACGAAAUGCAAGAAAAAUACACUUUAGAUCAAACGAUUUGCAAAAUAUAUGUACACUGUGUUUUUUUUAUUUCUAAGUUAGUCUAAACACCAAAUUGUUUUUUAGGCUUUGAUGUAAAAUAUAUAAAUUUAAAUUGUAAACUGUUAAACAAUAAAAACAGUGUAUUUUGUUUGAUUAUUUUGUUAAUUUAUUGAAGCGAAAAUAAGCUUUGUUUCUCGGAAAACUUCAAAAAAGUUCAUAAGUAUCGAUACUUCAUAACCUUCGCCAAAAAAUAAAAAUUCAUUAUACUUUUGAUA